AUGGGUCCCCUGGCCAGAGUCGCCAUUUUUAUUCUCGUCAUUUCUUUUGGUGUUUUUGUGACAUUCUUUGGCCGAAUCCCAGCUCUCCGGCAUACGCCGAUAGGCGCAUUGCACCGGACAAUAUGGAUUCACAUCCCAAAACUCUUCACAGCCGUAGACCAGCGUCUCACAGGUGGUAGAAUCUCUGGUGGUCUGACGCGCGCCGUGAACCGCGUACUAUAUGACAGGCAUCCCAGCGUAGUUAUAUUCUUCCUUGCCAUGCUCGUCGGCGGCGAGUACAUGUUCCUUCCUGCGGCCUGGUCAUACAUGGGCUGGUUCACCAAGCUAACGGCCCUCGUUGCGGUGGCUCUUCCGUACACGUUCCUGUACCUGUCCUGCUACAGCGACCCUGGCUUUAUCACGCCUGAAACGCACGCCUACUACAUGUCGUUAUACCCCUACGAUCACGCGCUCUUCCACCCGGGCCGCUACUGCGAGACGUGCAAGCUCCUCAAGCCGGCGCGUUCCAAGCACUGCAGCAUCUGCAAGCGCUGCAUCGCCAAAGCAGACCACCACUGUGUCUUUAUAAACCUCUGCGUUGGCUACGGCAACCAUCACUGGUUCCUUUCGCUCCUCUUCUCCACCGCCGCUCUGACCUCAUACGGUGGUAUCCUUGGCCUCUCAAUCCUCUCAGGCGUCGUCAAGGGUCGUUAUCCGGGUUGGUCCGUGUGGCCGCCGGCAGGCUAUGGCCUCAACAACUAUCUCGUUGCCUGGAGCUGGGCCAUGCAGCGCGACAUUAGCCUCGGUGCCACGACGCUCCUCGCAGCUCUCACCUCGCCGCUGGUCUGGGCCUUGCUCUUCUACACGCUCUACCACGUCUACUGCGGCACCACCACGAACGAGUCGCUCAAGUGGUCUGAGAUGGGCGAAGACAUGGCCGACGGAUAUGCUUUUACUCGCCCAAUAAAGCGUGACCGUGAAAGAGACUUCGGAAUUGAGCCCUCGUGUCCCCGCUGGCCCGUCGAGCCCGAGAUGGCGGUCAUUGCCACGGCUGACGGCCAACCUCCCAUUGUUCGUCAAGGGAUGCCGCCUCUUGCUGGAGAGGGGGACUGGGAAAGGGUAUGGAAGCUGAGAAAUGUAGAAAACCUGUACGACUUGGGGUUCAGGGAUAAUUUGGCGGACAUAUUUGUUCGAGAAUAUGCAUUUGGCAAACUUCGCGAAGAGCUACCGUUCAAGAGCCAUCGGCGAAACUAG